GCCUGAGUCCAUACUUACUCCGCAGUAAUGAUCCUCUUAUCUUGAACAUGAUAUAUGGCUGGAUAACUCUGACUGUGGGGAGCUGUACUCUGCGCAGUGCGAGAAGACACACUCUGCUUGAUCUGGAAUGGCGUUCAAUAUAACUGAGAAUGUGACCAGUCAGAAGUUCCAUGAGCGCUUUUAGAUAUGAGUUGCACCUUUUUUGAAGAGAUAUAAAUUCUACAGAGAUUGGUCGGUUUCUUGCUAUUGAUCCCCGUCAUGGAUGUCUUUAUGCACAACAUCGACUUAUCUGGCACGCAGUUGGACGUUAUCAAGGCCCUAGCGAAGAAAUUACAUCGACCGGAGUACAGUCCUAUCACUCCAUUAAACUUUCAUGUAAGGCUUUUUCAGCCCGGCAGGAGAGGCUCCUGGAGACGGAACAGUGGGUGUGGACUACUCUCUCUGCCGACAGUUGAAAUCGGAGAGAAAUUCCUUCGAGAAUAUGGCGGCGAGGAUUCACAACCUCGGGAACGUAUUAUCGUCAUCAGGGCAAAACGAGUGUUCUUCAAAAAGAGCACCAAACCAUUGAGUAUUUCUUCUGGCAUUCUUCAUCAAAUCAGGACAGCACCGUUUCUUGAUCCAAACAAGGCUCAUGAUAUACCUACUACCAGAAGACGACCCGGGUUUCGACAACGGAACCCAGAAUUACCAAAUUCCCUCAGAAUCUCUAGAGUGCAAUUUGGCUGGGACUGCCGUGACCAGAUGUUCUCAGUAGAAUGGGACCAUCGUUGCGAAAGAAAAACCACGAUCAAAUUUGACCCCCCAAAACAACAAGUGGAAAUAUGCUUGGAGGAUCCCACGUUCUUCCUUAAUCCCGAGUAUGAACUCAAUCCAUUUGAUGACGGCGAGGACCUCCUUAUCCUGUUCAAGUAUUCUCAGAUUUCCAACGUUGCAAUUAACACAUACUCUAUUACAGAACCUGCCGUCAUUUUCUCGUUAUAUACACCCCCUUCGUUCAGACGGAAAUUGUACAACCUAGUACAAAAUUUUCCAAGUCACCGAUUAUCUUCGCUUCCCUUGAAAGACCCAAGUGGUCGCGAUCAUGACGAUGUUGCGCCGUACACCUCACUGUCCGUUCGUCUUGUCUUUGAUACCCAUGAUGGUCCGGCACUUUUUCGACGUCUCGCGGUCGAAAGAGGCAAUUUGAAGCUUCCUAUCGAAGACUUCGAAUAUCCAGUGGAACAUCGGCUGCUCUUUUCGCAAUCUGCGUUGAAAUCAUUCCGUUGUUGGCUUCCAACUCUCAGAUUCGACAUUGCAUGUCAACUCGAUGCUCUUCUUCGUGGACACUGUGCUGAUCCAAUAGAGCUCUUGGCUCUUCGUCCAGAGAUCAAUUACCUGAACAAUAGGGCCGACACGAAAGGCGAACGGAGACAGAAUUUUGUUGCACUCGUUUUCCAAGACUUUGGGCAGAAGGCCUUAGAUCUCUACUGGAAUCCAGGACAGGACUUGGAGGAGCAUUCCUUGAAUGUGUGUUUCAUGCAAUGUAUACGCACUUUCGACAACCCUUCUCAGUCCCUGUACCGGCAGCGCAUAGAUGAUGGUUUAUUCUACUGCCUCCAUGUCCAGGUCACACCUUCCUCGGUUUUAAUCACUGGGCCACUUCCCGAACGGUCGAACAGGAUUGUCCGAUCCUUCCGUCCAAAUCACCGCAAAUAUUUUAUCCGCGUCAGCUUCUCUGAUGAAGGCAGACUGCGCCUACGGUAUGAUCGCGAAAUCGACGGAAAUUAUUACAUUGCACAGAGGAUAGCUCCCUUUCUAAUUGAGGGCCUGAGAGAGAGAAAUGACACUAGGCCGAAGAAGAAACUCAUUAUUGGUGGUCGUCCGUUCUAUUUCCUUGCGUAUUCCCAGUCUGCAUUGAAGGAGCACGCAGUUUGGUUCAUGACACCAUUUAAAGAGAAUGGCACAUUGAUAAAUGUGCAGAAAAUCAUCCAGAGCUUGGGUUCGUUCUCGGGCCUUGCAUUCGAUCGGCGAUUGAUGUAUUGCCCCGCGCGAUACGCCGCCAGGAUCAGCCAAGCUUUCACGUCCACGGAUCCCACUACAACUGAAGUGGAAGAAAUCAGACAGAUUCCAGAUAUAGAGCGAGUCGACUCGAAGGGAAACCGAUGGGUUUUCACUGAUGGUGUAGGCACAAUGUCUCCCGACCUGGCGCGGAAGAUAUAUGGAGAGAUGAAUCCCAGAAAAAAAACGCUUUCAGACUAUCCAAGAGCACUACAGAUUAGAUAUCUUGGGGCAAAAGGAAUGUUGAGUGUUGAUUACAAGUUGACUGGCAUGACUAUCGGGCUUAGACCGUCAAUGAUCAAGUUUAUCGGGGCACCAUCGACGAAACUUGAGAUUGCCCAAGUAUUUGAUAAGCCAACACCGUUCUAUUUGAACCGCCCGCUAAUCGUUCUAUUGGAGGGUCUGGGUGUUCCAUUUGAAACAUUCAAGUACUACCAAGAUCUUGCAGUGAAGGAAGCUCAUGAGGCUAUGCACUCACUUGAGUCUGCAAGUUAUUUUUUCCAAGUACAAGGUAUUGGAGGCUCUUUCCGUCUUCCAACUGUGAUGACCCUUCUUUCGAAAAUCGGAUAUACCAUGCUCAAGGAUGACUUUUUCGAGAGGGUCCUAGACCUUGGAGUCAAACAUGUCCUACGUGAUCUCAAAUAUCGUGCUCGUAUACCUGUUCCUGGAGCAUAUAAUCUGGUUGGAAUAGCUGACAUCAAUCAAGAGCUAGGUCCUAAUGAGAUUUCCGUUUGCAUCAUGGAAAAGAACAGCGGAAAGCUGAAGUAUUUAAGUGGACCUUGUCUCGUUUCACGGUCCCCUUCUAUCCAUCCUGGAGAUAUCCAGUUAGUGAAUGCGAUCUUCCCAAAGGCAACCUCCGCCUUGCGACGUGGACCAUUACCAAAUACUAUAGUGUUCUCCACAACAGGCGACCGUCCUGUUCCUUCUGCCUUGGGCGGAGGAGAUUUAGACGGCGACGAAUAUGAUAUUAUCCCACUGGAUAUUCUACCCAAGUUCCGGAUUUCCCAAUCUCAAAUUCAGAAACCUAGUUUGUACAAACCCGCGGUUCGUCGGGAGCUCAUUCGCCAUUGCACUCUCCUCGAUGUUGCAGAAUUUGUUAUGCAGUACAUUUUAUCGGAUGCCAUUGGUCAGGUGGCUCUUACCUGGCGUGUUCUUGCGGAUUCGAGUCCCAGAGGGAUUCUAGACAAUGAAUGUCUGAGGCUCGCAGACCUUCAUAGUCAAGCGGUUGACUAUCCGAAGACAGGAAAUCCUGUGUCUUUUUAUUCGAUUCCCAGAAAGACCAUGUAUAACAAGCGUCUUCCUGAUUGGUAUGCACCCGAGUCUAUGGAAGUGAUUGAUGAACAGAAGUACUAUCGCAGUACAAGAGCGCUGGGAAAAUUGUUCAGGGAUAUAGACUUGUCCUCUGGCUCGGAAAUUAGCUCAUCGGGUCACCACACUGACCUUCAAGAACAGGAGGAACUUUCUCUGGACCAACUCACGACGCUCAUGAGUACAACCAGUAUUUCCGGCUCAGAGUUUGGCGACAUUCUAGGAGUCAUUGAAUCUUAUGUUGCACAGUUCAUAGAGGGAAACGAGGAGCAUGACAACAACUCCGAACUACAUGGGAUGUUCGUUCAAUACUGCGCUGACCUUCAGAUUAUUUGUUCGAUGCACAAUCUCAACCGUAGCAAAUCGUAUCUGCUAUCAGAAGAAGAGGCCGUAGCGGGGACGAUCCUAUACAAUGCGGAAGUGUCAACUGCCGUCCGUAACGAUCACAUACGGAAAUUGCGCGAGGAGACGAACAUCCUCGUCAAGGGUGUUUACGAUAUGCUGCAUGGGACCCACUUCACACCAGAGCAGUACCUUGUGCGGGCAUUUUGUUCGUUUAGGCUCGCAACAGUGUAUGUUCAGCGAGAAAAUCCCGUUUACGGUGCAAAAAGUUUCUGGUGGGUCACAUUGGGAAAUGUAUUCGAUGCUGUCGGCGAGACUUCGAAAAAGAAGAAAGAAGCUAUUCAACAGCAGGUGGCCCGGACAAGAUAGGAUCGAUAGGGCGGGGGGUAGGAUAGGAUAAAGGGUAUUCUUGAAUCUCCUUGUUGUAUCUGUACAGUACUUUGUGGGUACUGGUCAUGAUGCGACAUUAUGAUAAUAAUUAUGCUUGAUCUACUGUUAUGGUAAUUGGAUCUUUGUGGCUCUUGUGAUGCUCGUGUGCGUUCGAUCCGAGUCACCUCUGAGCGAAUGAAUCAUUCGCGAAAAAGAUUGAGCUCCAAGUUGAAAUUGACCUUUCUUGCAAGGUCUAUUCUACCCCGGAAUUGGUCAAUUUUGUUUGCUUUUCCAUUCUUAUCCU